AUGGCUUCGGCUGCUAGAACUGCUUCCCGGGCCUUCCUCCGCUCGACUCCUUCCGUCAGACCUGCUGUCCGCAGCACUCGUUUCGCUCUUCCCACUCAGGCCUUCCGUGCUUCCGCCCGUCGCGGUUACGCUUCGGAAGCUGGUGAGGCCAAGUCCAGCAACACUUUCCUCUGGGCUGGUCUCGCGGUUGCCGGUGGUGCUGGUGCAUACUUCUACCUGCAGGGUGGUGACUCCGUCAGCUCCAAGAACUUCGUCCCCACCAAGGAGGACUACCAGAAGGUGUACGACGAGGUUGCUCAUCGCCUCGCCAAUGAGACUGACUAUGACGAUGGCAGCUAUGGACCGGUCCUCGUCCGUCUGGCAUGGCACGCAAGUGGCACCUACGACAAGGAGACUGGCACCGGUGGUAGCAACGGUGCCACCAUGAGAUUCGCCCCCGAGUCCGACCAUGGCGCCAACGCUGGUCUCAAGACCGCCCGUGACUUCCUGGAGCCUGUCAAGGCCAAGUUCCCCUGGAUCACCUACUCCGAUCUCUGGACUCUGGCUGGUUCCUGCGCCAUCCAGGAGCUGGGUGGCCCUACCAUCCCCUGGAGGCCCGGCCGUCAGGACAAGGACGUCGCUGCCUGCACCCCUGACGGCCGUCUACCUGACGCCGCCAAGGACCACCAGCACGUCCGUGACAUCUUCUACCGCAUGGGAUUCAACGACCAGGAGAUCGUGGCUCUGAUCGGUGCCCACGCCCUCGGUCGUGCCCACCCUGACCGCUCCGGUUUCGACGGUCCCUGGAACUUCAGCCCUACUGUCUUCACCAACGAGUUCUUCCGUCUGCUGGUCGAUGAGAAGUGGCAGCCCAGAAAGUGGAACGGCCCCGCCCAGUUCACCGACAAGACCACCGGAACUCUGAUGAUGCUCCCCGCCGACAUGGCCUUCGUCAAGGACAAGGCCUUCAAGAAGCACGUUGAUCGCUAUGCCCGCGACAGCGAUGCCUUCUUCAAGGACUUCGCUGAUGUCUACGUCAAGCUCCUCGAGCUCGGCGUUCCCUUCGAGAGCAAGCCCGAGGACCGCUUCGUCUUCAAGACCUCUGAGUAG